AUGAAAUUUGAACAAAAAAAUAAUAAUCUUUUAUCACUUUCAAAUGAAUCAUCAAAAUUAUUGAUGAUUCAUUCAAAAAAUAAUUGUUCAAUUUCUUUUGGUUAUAACCACCACGAUAAUCAAAUGAUAAAAAAUAAUAACAACAAUCUCAUAAAUAAUCAAUAUAACAAUAAUCAAUUUAAUAAUAAUCAAAAUAAUGGAUUAUUUAAUGGCCAUAAUAUAACCUCAUCACCACCAUUAUCACCAUCAUCCCUAUCACCACCAUUAUCACCCUUAUCUCAACACAUAUUUCAAAAUGAAAUAUUCAUCAACAAUACAAUGAAAAAUAUAAAUAACUUUAAUGAUAAUAUUAUUAAUAAUAAAAAUUUUAUUAAUAAUUUAAAUAAUAAUAACAAUAAUAACAACAACAACAACAACAACAACAACAACAACAACAACAACAACAACAACAACAACAACAACAACAACAACAACAACAACAACAAAAACAACAACAACAACAAUAAUAAUAAUAGUAAUAAUAAUAAUUAUAAUAAUAAUAAUAAUAAUAAUAAUAAUAAUAAUAAUAAUAAUAAUAAUAAUAAUAAUAAUAAUAAUAAUAAUAAUAAUAAUAUUGUCAAUGAUAUUAAUGAAUAUAAUAUUAAAAAAAAUAAUAAUUGUAAUAAUAGUCAAAAUAAUUUUAAUAAUAAUCAAAAUAAUAUUAAUCAAAAUAAUAUUAAUAAUCAAAAUAAUAAUGAUGAUAAAAAUGAAAAUAAACAAAUAAAAAUUAAAAAGAGUAAAAAUAAUACUGAAGAGAAUAAAUAUAAUUGUAUUGUAAAAAAGAAAAAAGAAUAUAUAAAAAAGAAUAAUAUUAAUAAUAAUAAUAAUAAUAAUAUUAAUAAUAAUAAUAAAUCAAAAUAUAUUAAAUUAUCUGAAUCAAAUUUAAAUUAUAUGAAAACAUCUGAAAAAGGUGUCAUUUAUGUUAAUAGUAGUAAUAGUCAUGUUAGUCUAUAUCGUGAAGAGCUUUGUAAUAUUCCAUAUUGUAUGGUAUGUGAAAAAGGUAUUCCACCAUCAUUUGAAAAUCAAAAACCUAUUUGGUCUCAUAUUAUAUAUGUUGCACUUUAUAGUUUAAAUGCAACCUUUGAAAAAUUAGAAUCAUUAAAUGAUGAAACUUUAAAGUGUAAAAGAUCAAAUACUGGUAAAAGAUUCUUUAGAUUGGAUAAAGAUAUAUUUUCUUUCAUCGAAUCUCAUUGGGAUAAAAUAUGUUUUAAAGAAAAACAAUCAAAUUGGAGACACAUUGCCGGAAUGACCUUAUCUCAUUAUCCCACACUAUUUGAAAAUGGGUAUAAAGUUUUCAAUUGCACUGGAUAUUGGGGUCUUUCAAAUUCUUCAAAUAAUCCAUACUCUCAAAAAUAUUAUUUAAAAUUUUUAAAAAAAUCAUAUAUUAAACAAAUCAAAAAUAAUAAUACACACACAUUUAUAUAUAUAUUUUUUAAAUUUCUUCUUUUUUAA